GUCCCCUUGCCAACUUGGAGACAGAUUGGCGGUUGGAAGAAACAGAAUUUAGAACAUUUAAAGAAUGAAAUCGAUGCGUGGUCCCCACCCCACGGGAUUGGAUUGAAAACAGCAAAACAUUCUCUUCCUUGGUCCGGUUGGUGCUGGAAAUCAAGUUUCUUCAAUACAAUUUCCUCAAUCUUUCGAGGUCAUGUGACUGGACAGGCUGUGUGUGGUAGUGCGGAGCAGAGUAUUACAUCAAAGUACCGCAUGUAUCGUGUGCGGGGGUCCGCUCUGACAGAGCCAUUGAAAUUUAGGUUGUGUGACACAAGAGGGAUUGAAGAAAAUCAAGGUAUGGAUGGCACGGAGCUCAAUUACCUUUUGGCGGGAAAUGUUCCAAACGGAUACCAGUUUAAUCCAUCAACUCCGAUUUCUCCCGACACAACUGGAUUUGUUGCCUCACCGACAUUGAACCACAAAAUUCAUUGUGUUUGCUUUAUAAUGGAUGGAACCACAGUGUCGGUAAUGUCAGAGAAAAUGUUAGAAAAGAUUAAGGCCCUCCAGAGUAAAGUUCGACAAAAAGGCCUGUCACAAGUAGUCCUUAUUACUAAAAUCGACAAAGUCUGUUCUAAUGUAGAGGAAGAUGUGUCAACAGUAUUUCAGAGCGUUGCAAUACAAGAGCUUGUUGAUACGGUUUCUAAUAUCUUUGGCGUACCGAGGAGUCAUGUGUUACCAGUCAAAAAUUAUGAAAAGGAAAUCAACGUGAGGGAUGAUGUAAGUUUACUAGCACUUCAUUCACUGCGACAGAUUCUCCGGGCAUCUGAAGAUUUUAUGUUUAACCUUCUUGAUAUGCUGGACGACGAAAGGGAAACGAAAGGCUCUGAUUCGACGGAAUGAUCUAUAACAUGAAGUCAUAGGCACUUUGUUUCGGGAUAAAAAAACAACAUUUUGAGUGGUUUGUAGAACUCAAAUUUAAUUGAAUGUAACGAUUCUUUAACGUAGAUGUCCCUUUUCUAAAAUUGUCAUUUUUUUCCGAUGUUAGUAAAAGAAAACAUCAAGGUAGACCGUGGAAACGUCGGCGACUAUUAAAUUAUAUUCAAUUAAAAUUUGAGUUCUACACACCUCUCAAAAAGAGUGUUUUUUUUUAUCCCGUAACCGAGUGCCUAUGCAUGAAGUGUAACAGUCGCGACACUUGUACAGACGGUGUUUUGUUUUGAAAUAUUAAAUUAUGUAUACUGACUUGUGAUAAAUGAUUAUGAUAAGAACGCAGGAUCUAUAUUUAUUAACGAUAAAUUCUAUUUUUAUUGCUUUCUAUUUUGGGUUUAUGUUCAGGAAAAUGACUAUUUGUAUGUAAUGGAAUGUCUUAGAAUAUUUUCAUACUAGGUUCAUUUUGUUUGAAUUCUAUGGACCACGCACAGAGUAUUAUAGACCGCAUUUCAUUGAAGUGCUCUCGAAAAAAAUUCUCUUGACUUAUAGCAUGUACACGUUUUACAGUCGUAACUAUUACGUCAUAUCAAUUAAUGAAGCAGAUGUAAAACUUUUAUAAUAGUAGAAUCGUGAUAUUUUGAAUGUUAUAGAUCAAAAUUUUCUAAUAUAAGUGUUAUCAACCAUUUUGAAAAAAAAACCAUGUAAUGAACCUCUAUGACAAAGUCGCGUUGAUAUUUAAAAUACAAUGAAA